UGGAAGCAUCUGACAGGCAGCAAUGAGGACGACCAGCCUGGCUCUGCGCUGCUCUCUCCUCAGCUUUCUGCUCCUGUUCCCGCCGGCUGCAUCCUUCUGGCUCCUCAAUGUGCUCUUCCCCCCCAGCACCACCCCUAAAGCUGCCCUCAAAAACCACACCCGGCCCAUCAUACUUGUACCUGGCUGUCUGGGGAACCAGCUAGAGGCCAAACUGGACAAGCCAGAUGUGGUGAACUGGAUGUGCUAUCGCAAGACUGAAGACUUCUUCACCAUUUGGCUCAAUCUCAACAUGUUCCUGCCACUUGGGGUCGACUGCUGGAUUGACAACACCAGGGUGGUCUACAACCGGACCACAGGGCUCAUGUCCAAUGCCCCCGGAGUGCAGAUCCGUGUGCCUGGAUUUGGCAAGACCUACUCUGUGGAGUACCUGGACACCAGCAAGCUGGCAGGCUACAUGCACACCCUGGUGCAGAACCUGGUGAACAAUGGGUAUGUGCGGGAUGAAACUGUACGGGCUGCUCCCUACGACUGGAGAACUGAGCCAACCCAGCAGCAGGAGUACUUUGAGAAACUGGCCGCCCUGGUGGAGGAGAUGCAUGCUGCCUAUGGGAAGCCCAUCUUUCUCAUCGGCCACAGCCUGGGCAACCUGCACCUGCUUUACUUCCUGCUGAAGCAGCCCCAGGCCUGGAAGGAUCGCUUCAUCGAUGGCUUCAUCUCUCUGGGUGCACCUUGGGGGGGCUCUGUCAAACCCAUGAGAGUCCUGGCCUCUGGCGACAACCAGGGGAUCCCCAUCAUGUCUAACAUCAAGCUGCGAGAGGAUCAGCGCAUGACGACCACCAGCCCCUGGAUGUUCCCGUCGCCCCUAGCCUGGCCCGAGAACCACGUGUUCAUCUCCACCCCCGACUUCAACUAUACCUAUCGGGAUUACCACCGCUUCUUCACUGAUGUGCGCUUCGAGGAUGGCUGGUUCAUGUGGAACAACUCCCGGGACCUGCUGGCUGGGCUGCCUCCGCCUGGGGUAGAGGUGUACUGCCUGUAUGGGGUGGGGCUGCCAACUCCCCACACUUAUAUCUACGACCACGGAUUCCCUUACGAGGAUCCGGUGGAGGUGCUGUAUGAGGAUGGCGAUGACACGGUGAGCACCCGCAGCAUGAAUCUGUGCAAAGGCUGGGCCAACCGCCAACGCCACCCUGUGCAUGUGUUUGAGCUACCCGGCAUUCAGCACCUCAACAUGGUCUUCAGCAAUGAGACCCUUGAACAUAUCAAUGCCAUCCUAAUGGGCACUUAUCGUGGUGCCAAUGCUACCACCCCUUAAGGCCUGUCCCUUCUCCCUUCCCCCCCCCAAACACACAUACACACACACACACACGGCCCCACCUGGGACUGCCGGGGGUCUGGCCUCACACCAGACCCCCGGGAUCCAAGAGGCGAGUCAGGAGGACCCUCUGUCAAGGGCCAUAGGAGGUGGGUGGGGGGGAAUGGGAGCCAGGAGUCAGCUCUGGCUCCCGGGAAAGGAGAAGGAGAAGGGAGGGAGAGCUUCAAGAAUGGGAUCAAGUGUCUUCAAGUGUCCAGGACGAUCCCCUGUGAUGUUAUGGGCCUAGGGAGGUUGGAGUAGGAGGCCAGAGCAGUGGUGAGGGACCCAGGUCUCAGAGACUGUGCUCCUGUGAUGUCCUCUACUCGGUGCCCUCCACCACAUGGGGUCCCCUGGGGCAGGGCUUGGUGUGGACUCUUAAAUGUUGGGGCAUUUUGGCUGAAUAAAAAUCUUAAACCUUC